AGAAAGGAAGGAAACACAGAGAGGGGACACUGAGAAGUAACAGUAUGAUUUUAUGUAAUACGUGUACAUAUUAGGCUCAACUUUUAGAAGCUGUUCUGGAUGCGAGGAUGAAGCACACUCUGCUCUGCAUGCUGGGAUUUUUCUGUAUCAAAGCAACUCUGACGGCAGACAGAAUAUCGACAGUAGCAGAGGUUUCUAACAGGGUGUCAGUGAUUCUCCAUCCCAGCUGGCCUCGGAUCUACAGAGGAGAGACGGUCAUUUUGAGAUGUCAGAUCCAGGAAGUUGGAGGAGCUCAGUGGACGUAUGAAUGGAAAACAACCAAUAGAAAGUCUCUAAUACUGUGUGAAUACAUGAACAUCUCGGCCACUGAGGCUCACAGUGGAGAAUACAGCUGCAGAGGAAAAGGAGAAGGCCUGACACCAUGGAGUAAUGCUAUUAAGCUAACUGUAUCACCCAAACCUCAGCCUGUCCUCUCUGUGUCUCCAUCAUGGCCGAAUCCUGGAGCCUCAGUGACUCUGAGCUGUGAGGGUUUGGAGCAUCAAUCAGAAGGAUGGAGGUUCUUCUGGUAUAAAACUGUUCCGGAUCCAUCCAGCCACUAUAGCUAUGAGCUGCUUCCUGGCAGCACCAACGGGACCGAGCAGAACUCCUUCAUCAUUAAUGGACCGACUCACACAGCAGGAUUUGUGUGCAGAGCAGGAAGAGGAGAACCAAAGUUUUACACUUAUUACAGUAAACUAAAGUUUAUCUGGUCUGCAGAUCCUCGUCCAGCAGCUUCUCUCUCAGUGAAUCCUGACAGAGUUCAACACUUCAGAUCUGACUCUGUGUCUCUGAGCUGUGAGGGAAACUCUACUGAGUGGAGAGUGAUGAGGUUUAUAGAAAGAGAUCGACUGUUGUACUUUACCUGCUCCUCCUGGGGGACAAUGACUGGAUCUACAUGCACCAUUGACGUUUCCUGGAAUAAUGAUGGAGUGUUCUGGUGUGAGUCUCGAUCUGGAGAGACUAGCAACGCCAUCAACAUCACUGUGCAGGGUGAAGAUAUUGGCUUAUUAUUCGUGUUAAUGCUGCAGGCAUUCAUUCACACUAUUGAGUCCCACUUUUCUGGUUGCUCCAUAAAUUUCGCUUCACUUCUUCUUCUGCAUACUUUGCUCUAUUUUCACCAUUCAACUUUUAUACUAUCCAGCUUGCUCUCCUAAUGCCGACUAUUUCUCUUGGUAUUCAUAACCUUCAUACUUUUUGUAAUAUUCAGCUUUUUAUGAAUUUUUCACCCCAUGGGGGAAACCGCUCCAUCCUGUGGCAGAAUUGAGAAUUACAAUAUAAAAUGUUUGUUGUGUUUCACAGUGGAUGUUUUAGGUCCUGCCUAUCAAUGGCAAUCAAUCAUCCAGUUUCAGGCCUGAUGGAGGACACAAGGCAGCGGCCAUUUUGAAGUUGGGCAGUUUAACAGCUUUUAUGCUGUUUAACACCUGGGAAUAAUUUGACCUUUUGACGUAGUUUUUUUAGUGCUGCAUGUGGCAUGUUUUUUGUAGUCACCGUGUAAACGAUGCCUCCAAACAAAUGUUGAUAUCUUACGAACCAUAAAAGGUUUGGAUUUCAUCCACUCACCGUUUUUAUCAGAAUGAAUUUUUUAUCAGAAUGAAUAGGGGAACGUUUCUGUCUUUCAGAUUUUAGAUUUUACAUGAGUUUUUUAUUUUUUAUUUUAUUUUAUUGAAUAUGUUACUGUAACAUUACAGCCUAAUGAUACUAAUGAUAGCCUAUUUGCUGUCAUUAGUAUUUCAGCUAGUUUUAGCUUUUUAGCUAAUUUUGGUUUUUACGUGGGUUUUUCACACUGCAUGGACUUUUUCUUACCUUUCUGCAAGUCUUCAGCAGUUGGCUCCAAACGCUUUUGCCAUUUUCACCAAAAGAAAGCAUACAGCAUUCACGCUUGCAUUUUCAUAGGAAAUGCACACUUUCUAGUUAUCUUUUCGUUGUUCUCUUUUUGCAUUUAAACAAAAUAAAUAUAUUUGUGUUAUAGCUUUGAUCUACUUAAAAGCCAAAGCUUUAAGUAGGCCGAUGCUACUGAUUUCUAUCUCAGCUGACUGCUGAGAUAGCGAUCGGUUUUCAUAGUCGCUAUCUCUGCAGAGCAAAAGACGCCUCUUGCGAAUAUGUUAAUCCGUCCUCAUUGGUUUGACACAUUCUCACCUUUUGCAAAGCAGCUAACACGGACGCCUUUCAAGCAGACCAGACUCCAUUGUUUAACUAUGUUCAUCAAAUGUCGGCUGUUCUCUGGUCAUAUUUUGGUUUACGUUGACGGUAUUUUCCGUAAUGGUUCAGAGUAUUUCGUUUCUGUUAAGACUAUUUCAGUUUUCGGCCAGUUUGAAAAGAAAAUGUCAUGCAAUCAAGUCAAUUUUAAUUUUCAUUCUGAGUUUGGGUCCAUUUUUUGUUUUGUUUUUUUACAUGACAAUUUAUCACAGACUAUGCAGAAAGAUACGUGAGAUACAUGAUAUACAUGUCUCUGGCAUAUUACUGAUGCCAGAGACAACAUUGAUUUAUAUUUAAUUCAUAUCCAGCAACCUUUUUCAGAUUAUCCAUUUAAUGCCCUCUGUAGUGAACAUUAGACCUGACUAUUUAGCCAUUUCACAUACUUUGGUGAGCUGAGCAAUGAUGGAGAGCCUUUUCCUGAGAUCUAACGAGAACUCAGACUAGACUUGUGAGGAGGGUGUAUGGUCCUUUGGAGUGGAAAUUAAAAACAUGUCGUUAAACCCAAUGAACUGUUCAUAGCUUACAUGUUCAUGUAUUUGAUGAACCGUUUGUUGAAAGUGAAUUGCAGUGGGACACUAUAAACAAAGCUCAUCCAUAACAAUAGACACAAAACUACCCCUGAGAAAAAAAAGAAUAAAUCAAAAGAGUCCACUAAAUAUUAGUUUAUUAUUGUACGUGGUUAAGUCCUAUGAUCAAACUAGAUUGAAUGUGUUUCUGAUUGGACAUAAAUAGAGAAGCUUUUCGGUUUUAAAAUUCGGUUCCAAUUUUUUAUUUUUUAUUUUGGAUUGAUAACUAAAUUGCAUUUUUAUAAAAAUGUUAUUACUGCUGAAUUUUACAAGAAAAUGGCACUGUCAAAAACACUGACCAUUUUUAAUCAGUUUUGCUCCUACCCAACAUUGUCUGAUUGUUUUACAGAUCGUUUUUCUGCUCCUCUCCUGGUGAGCCCUGUUCAUCCUGUGACUGACGGAGAUCCGGUUACUCUGAGCUGCAGAGAUCAAAAACAAAAACUUCUCUCCAAUGUGUUUUUCUAUCACAAUGAUAAACUCCUCCAGAAUGACAGCAGAGGGGAGCUGAAUAUCUCUGCAGUGUCAAAGUCAGAUGAAGGUUUCUACAAAUGUCAACAUUCAGGAAAAGAGUCACCAAGGAGCUGGAUGUCUGUUAGAGCCGUGUCCAGUCCUGCCAGCUCUUUACUUCUAGUGCUGCUGAUCAUUGGACCAGUUAGUGGAAUCGUUCUCAUCAUUCUCCUACUCUUGUUGUGGCGCUGCGUCGGAUGGUUUCUGAGGCGCAGUCAGAGCUCCACCACCAGCCACGCGACAAACGAAGCUGGAAGUCAGGUUUACAGCUCUCUGCUGCAGGGUGACACGCCUCUUUAUGAAAGAAUUGAAACUUGCAAAGCCACUGGAAAUGGAAGGCCUCCAGAGGAAGAUUGUGUGUACGUUAAUGUAAAUCCAGUAGUUUCCUGUGAAGGUUAAAACUAUCAACCAGAACAAAGGAAAGAACAACAGAAAAGGAAGGUGGCGUCCAGGCAGUAAUGGACGCUCCAGUGUUUUCUACAAUCAGGAGCAGCUGCCAUGCAGGCUUCAGGCUUGUUUGUUCUGCAACACUUAAAUUAACCAGAUUUAUAAAAUGUGAAAAGUUAAAACAUAUUCAUCACUGGUUGUGAUGCUGAGUGUAGUUCUGCCAGUUUAAUGUGCUAAUGGUUUAUUGUUUUUAUGUUUACAGAAAUAAGAUGGUGAGUUUCCUAAAGAAGUACUGUAGAUGUAGAUAAGUUAAAGAGCUACAACAGAAUCUUUGCGGGAUUCGAAUGAAAGUUACAAACUCUUUUUACUCAUUUGUAGAUUUUGCUGAAUUUGCCAUAAAAUCAAGACUGUAAGCUUUAGUGCUGUGCAAUUGUCUUCAGAGAUAACGUGUCAACGACUAUGUGUUGUAGUGUGUAAAACAUCACUGAGAAUGUUUAAAAAAUGUUUAUCCCCCAAGAGACUGCAAUCAGAGGGGGGGAGUAACUGAGCUACAUUUACUCAGCUACUUUUACUUGAGUAAUGUUAUGAUGACAUGUUACUGCUCUUCGUUUAUCCUCAGAGAGCUACUUUAUUGAAUGAAGAGCAAAUUUGUUUUAACCAAAGACUCAUAUCCACAGUUUGUUGAAGUGAGAAGUCUUGUUUGUACACAAGCCGAAUCAUUUUAAUGUUAUUUCCUAUCUGCUGAGACUUUUAGGCCAUUUAAAGAUCAAUAAACCAUGUGCAUUAUCACCAUGUGUACCUUA